CAUUCUUGAAAAGCAGGAAUGGGAUUCUAAAUUACUGUCGUACUUUUUUCAGGGAUAGUUUAUCAUGAUCUAAAAGAAUGCUAACUAGCACAUCCACCACGCAAGGACUAUAGAGAACUAGUUUUUAGGAGGCGCACCAAGUUUUUGUUUCAUUUGGCAUGGGUUCAUCUUCUUCUUAUUGUUUCACCAGUUGGGUGAAAAGCUUUGUCUUCUUCUUCACUGUGGUCUGGCUUUUCUUUGGCUAUGGUCGCCAUGGAAGAGUAAAUGCGGCAACAACUACCGUCAAAGUGAACAGCAUCACUUCAAAGGUGGAAGACGCAGUUAGUUUCCAUAUAUAUUAUGGACAGACCUUCAAAGUCAUAAAAAAUGCCAUUGACGGCAAGAGCUACCUUCUCAUCCAGAACAAUUCAAGGAUGGCAGCAAGGACAAAAUAUUGCACCUCAAGGAUCAAAUCUUUUGUUAUCCCAUUAUCAAACUAUUCAAUCGAUGCCGAUUAUAAUUUUCCAGUUUCCUUUUUCGAGCUCCUGGGAUUACUUGGGAGCUUGAAGGGCAUUACAUCAGACUCCGUGGCUUCUCAAUGUGUGUUGAAAUUGUAUGAAGCUGGAGAAAUUGAGGUGAUUGACAAAAGUGAGCCACAACAACUAGCAAAAUUUGCAGCACAUUUUAUUACCUACACUGACCAACCACAAGCUUGCAAUUUUGCCUCUUUUGUUCCUUAUGGAGAGGAUAACCCUUUGCAGAGAGCAGAGUGGAUCAAGUUCUUGGGAGUGUUCGCAAACGUUGAGAGCAGAGCAAAUCAAGUAUAUGAUGCAGUUACACAGAGUUAUCAAUGUUUGACCAACCUUACGAAAGGCAGGACUUCAUUCAAACCAACAGUAGCAUGGCUGCAGUACGAAAAUGAUAUAUGGUCUUUUACAAAGGAAACAUACAAGUUGAAGUAUGUGGAAGACGCAGGUGGUGAGAAUGUGGAUGAUUCUAUCAACAAGAUUACCUACAACAUCUCUAGUCCUGACGAUUUGGAUCAACUGCAUGCCAUCCUAUGUACCGUGGAUGUGGUGAUUGACGAAACAUACACUUCAGAUGCAGUUAAUUACAAUUCAUCAACGUUUCUCCAAAAUAUAAAUGUGGAAGAUCAUUCUUGUUUUGUUUUUCUCUCUAACCAAAGCUUGUGGAGAUACGAUAAAAGAAUUCUAAACUCAACUGCUCUUGACUGGUAUAAUGGAGCAGUCUCCCAGCCACAACUGGUUUUAGCAGAUCUUUUUGAAGUAUUCUUCCCUACCGGAAAUUAUACAACAACAUACUUCAGAAAUAUUGCAAAGGAUGAAGGAGUUGUGCACAUUACUUCUGAAAUGUGUGAUAGGGAUAUUUCCAUAGCAAUGGAGCCAACAAUACCAGCUUGUGGAUAACUACAACUAUUGUCACAUUUUUCCAUUCCCAUGGCCACUCAAGUUUUUCCUUCUAUUUUUUUGGGGAGUUAAAUUAAAAGGCUCUAUUUUUUCCCUUC